AUGGCAGUCUUCACUACCGGGCACGGACUUCCGACUCUAAAGCAAUUCACAGAGUUUAUAAAUCACAGAUGUCAGGUUUUAGAAGCAACGGGCAAGUCCAGCAUUAUUUCUACCAAAAAUAUUAACACACGUUCUCAGUCAAAUACGAAACGUCAAGCAGCUUGCGCCGCGACAAUCAGUUUUAAAUGUAAUUAUUGUCAAGGCGAUCAUUCAAUUUAUAGUUGCCAAGAUUUCUUGGCUCUUCCAGUUUCCCGCAGGAAUUCAGAAAUUCGCAGUCGCAAAUUAUGCACUAAUUGCUUACGCUCUACAACGCAUAAUGCCAACAAAUGCCCAUCAGGCAGCUGUAGAACCUGCAAGGCAAAGCAUAACACACUGCUUCACAUUGCAAACCUCUCAAACUCACAAAACGACAAGGAGAAUCGCGAGAAUUCAUCUCCUGCAGACCCUACAAAGGCAUUAGUUACACAUACAGCUAGUCUCUCAGACAGAAGGUAUGCCAUGCUAUCUACUGCCAUCGUAUACGUUUAUGAUAGUCAAGGGUCACGUACAACGUGUCGUGCGUUGUUAGAUUGCGGUUCUCAGGCAAAUUUCAUCUUAAGAAAAUUAUUAGAUAAGCUAAAUUUGAGACCAAAAUCUCUAAAUCUAUCCAUUUCAGGUAUUAAGGGCUCUACUACUAGAUCCACUCAGAUUGUUCGUCUGAAGUUACAGUCUCGUCUAAAUUCAUACUCAGUCAACAUCGAAUGCAUCGUUAGUGAACAAGUAACAGACAAUUUUCCUGCAUUCACAAUCAACCGAAGCUUCUUCGACAUCCCCCGCAAUCUACGCUUAGCAGAUCCUCGCUUCUACGAGUCUUCGGAAGUCGACCUGUUAAUUGGCGUUGAUUUGUUCUGGGAGUUGUUAUACGUGGGACAGGUGCAAUCUUCGCCGAGGCACCCAACGUUGCAGAAGACUCUUUUAGGGUGCAUUGUGGCUGGUAGAACUAACAGCACCUCCAACGCCCCGCGGAGGGUACGAUCAUUCCACGCGGCUAUAACUAAUUCGCAGUUGCAUGAUCAAUUGGCCCAGUUCUGGCAACAGGAAGGCAACAACAGUAGUUCUACUCACACUCUUGUGGAAGCACAGUGCGAACAGCACUUCAUAAACAAUGUGACGCGGGAUCAAAACGGUAAAUUUGUUGUAAAGCUUCCGGUUAGGGAGCAAGUCAUUAGCAGAAUCGGAAAUUCGAAAGAAAUCGCGUUAAAACGUCUACUAAACCUUGAAAAACGAUUCGAGCGCGACACUAGUUUAAGAGAGCAAUACGUAGAAUUCAUGAACCAAUAUCGGUCCUUAGGUCACAUGAAGGUAGUAAACGCGCAGCCUAAUGAAGAUUCAAUAUCGUACUAUCUACCGCAUCACUGUGUCUUUAAAAUGUCCGAUCAAUCCCCAAAGAUUUGCGUAGUCUUCGAUGCAUCGUGCAAGAGCAGCACGGGCAUCUCACUCAACGACGCCCUCAUCACAGGGCCAGUCGAGCAAACUCGAUUGCUGAAGCAAAAACUAAAUGAGACGGUACAACUGCUACACCUAGGUUCUUUCGUACUCAGUAAAUGGGCAUCAAAUUAUCCGCAAAUUUUAGAAAAUGUGAACAAUCAACGAAGCAACUCAGUCACCAUUAGCGACGGUUCAAGCCCGCGUAUUUUAAGAAUUCUGUGGAAUCAGGCAGGAGAUACAUUGCGUUUUUCUUACAAGGCCGAAGCAAACUCUCACACUGUAUCCAAGCGCACGAUACUCUCCGAGGUUGCUAGAUUAUUUAAUCCGUUAGAUCUUCUCGGACCCGUGGUAGUUAUCGCAAAAAUAAUUCUUCAGGAAUUAUGGCAAGCAGGUUGUCAAUGGGACGAGUCCGUCCCUCAAACUAUACAAUCGCGUUGGUCAAAAUUUAAACUACAAUUGCCAGAAUUAAACAAUUUACAGAUUUCACGGUGUAUAAAAUUUGCCGCAGAGCCACAUCUCGUGCAGAUACAUGGAUUCUGCGAUGCCAGUGAACGUGCUUACGGCACGUGCAUCUACGUCCGAACGGAGGACGGCGGUAAAUAUCGCAUUGAGCUCCUGUGCUCGAAAUCUCGCAUUGCACCUCUCAAGGCUAUCUUGUUACCAAGGCCAGAAUUAUCCGCUGCGCUGCUUUUAGCACAGUUAUUAGAAAAGGUUCGGGAAUCAAUCGACCUGUCGUACAUGAACAUCUUACUCUGGUCAGAUUCCACAAUUGCUUUAAACUGGUUGACAUCACCUUCUCGAAAUGGUCGGCCUUCGUUGCCAACCGAGUCGGCGAGAUUCAACGUCUAA